CAAAACAAUGAAUUAAUUCGGGCCCGUGAGUGCUUUUGUCACCUGUGCUGCAAUGUCCAAAACAACGGCGCCCGUUUGCCCUUCGCACCUCUCAAAUGUUGUUUGUGCUCUAAACAGCCCAACAAGCCACGCCGCAUGUUGUUAUGUGAACCACACGGUUUCUUUUUUCUUUUUUGUGUGUGCCAGCAGGCGACAGGAUGAAGAGGGACACGUGCGCGGCCACCAUCGCACUGUUGCUGCUUUCGGCUGCCCAUUGCAACGGUCGCCGCCGGGGAGGCCGGUCCUGCUCGGCUGCCGCUCGCCCGAGAAGGAGACGUUCACCUGCCGCUGGGAGCCGGGCGACGACGGAGGACUCCCCACCGCGCACCGCCUGUACUACCAGAGAGAACGACUGGAGGGAACGCACGAGUGUCCGGACUACCGCUCAGCCGGCAGCAACAGCUGCUUUUUUGACAAAAGCCACACUUCCAUUUGGGUGGACUACUACUUGACGGUGGUGGCCUCCAACAGCCUCGGGAAUGCCACUUCGGACAUCUUCAAGGUCGACGUCAUGGAAAUUGUGAAGCCCGACGCCCCCCAACACGUCACGCUGACGGCGGAGGACCGAACGGACAGUCCGAGCCUGCACGUGAGCUGGGAGCACCCCCCCAACGUGGACGCCGGGUCCGGCUGGGUCACGCCGGAAUAUCGGGUCCGAGCCGGACGACGCCGACAAGCGGGAGACGCCGCCGACUGGAAGGAGUACAAGGCCGGCGCGCAAACCCACUUCACGCUCUACGGCGUCCAUCCCGGGGCGGCGUUCGCGGUGCAGGUGCGCUGCCGACUGGACCACGGCUCCUGGAGCUCCUGGAGCGACGCCUCCUACGCCGAGAUCCCCGAGCGCAUCGGGAGGGACGGACCCUUUUGGACGUCGCUUUGGGGGCUCUCCGGCUUUUUGUUUCUCGCGGCGGUCUGCGUGGCGGUCACAAAGAGGAAAAGUGUGAUGCAGUUUCUGCUCCCGCCCGUUCCGGGUCCGAAGAUACGAGGGCUCGACUUCCAGCUUGUCAAGAGCGCUCGACCGGAAGACUUUGCCGGCGCGCUGCUCAUCCGCCGGGACUUCCCUCCCGCGGCGGCGCGGAAGGACGGCGCGAUCGAGCCCCUCAUCGUGUCGGACGUCGACGCCGGAGUUCAGCCGAGGAGCGGGGCCGUUUCCGCCGGCUUCGGCUGGGACAACCGGCAAAAGAACAACGGAGGGGAACGCAACGCGACGCGGGAGGACGGCGACGGCCGUUCGUCAACCCGCGGCGGCGACGCCGACUUUGAGACGCGCGCGGCGCUCGAGUCGGACUACAGCAGAGUCAAGGACGUGACGGCCGACAACAUCUUCCUCCUCGACAGCGCGGACGUUCCGAGAGCGGAGAGGCUCCCGGAGGACCGCGGCGAGGCGGCGAACGGCAAAACGCUGUCGUUUCGCAAAGAGAGCGUCCCGUCGGAGCGCCGCAAGAAGCUGCCGCCCGCACGCCCUCCUCGGGCAGCCCGCGUCAUCGACGGCGGAUACGUCGACGCCAUCCCGACGUCACCUCUGGGGGAAACGGCAUGAAGGUUCAAAUUCUGCCGAUUCUUUUUUUUUUUUUUUUUGGUACCAAGUCUUCUGCCGCCCAAACUCAACAUCAAGAUCCCGGUCUGGUGGCGAAACCUCGAAAUGCUCAUCAAACCUCGACACCGUACCCCCGUCCACUAAAGACACCGUAGGGCGAAAAAGGCGGAGCCAUUUCACAGGCGCCAUCUGACUGGGUUACGCGGGUGGAGCCCCCUUGUGAGACGUUGUUGACCAAGUCUGCCCCCGGAAUUCACGGCAUACGGCAACUUCAGUGCAAAAUGUCCAAAGUCCCUUUUCAAUUUGGCGCCGAUGUCACAGACUUUUGCGUGUCAAGUUGCGGCAGGCGCGUCCACCCCAACUUGCGCUGAAGCGACGUAACUGGUGUCAACUUGGCGAGUGGCGCGACUGACCGCAGACGUCCAUUUAUCAUCUGUGUGUCAAAACGGUUCUGCUUUCGGUUCUCCUGGAGUGCGAAUGGUCCAAAAUGGCCGCCUCAAAGUCAAAGGCCGGACCGAUGGUCGAAUUUCCGACACGGGUCCUUGAGCCUUUUUCCAUGUGUCCUGUUGUGACAGUCCACCCAAAUGUUGUGUUGCUCUGUGCAAACGAUGUCAAGGACGAAUUGUUUCCCAGGUUCCAUGAGGCACUUCUGCGUUUUUUUUUUGUUUUUUUUUGGGCGGGGGGGCGUCCUAAAUGCGGUUGAUGUGGUUUUGGGCAAGUUGGCAAUUCAUUUAUGGGAAGAAGAAGAAACAAAGGAAGG